AUGAUUCUCUCUCCGUCGCAAGAUGUCACGACGUCGCAUCGACGACGAUCCAUGAUUGCUCCACAGCAUUUCGCCUUUGUCCACGCCAAAGCCGAGUUGGAAGGCCCCAAUACACUCUGGAUUUGGAAGUACCGCUACCUCACCAUCUUUGUGGCCCUCUUCUUUUGCACCAAUGGUGGCUAUGCCGUCUUUUUUCUGCCGCGCUCCGCAUGGGCCUUUCCCAUUGUCAAUGAUCGCACACUGCUGAGAAUUCACUGGGCCAUGGGCACACCCUUUUUGGCGGGCGCUAUUUGGCAACAACUCAGUGUCCCCAUGAUGGCAACCGCCGGGAAACGACUGGGACCGAUUGGCGCGGCCAGGUUUCGACAAUGGCAUCGAUGGAUUGGACGAUGUACCAUCUUUUGUAGCCUGGGAGCGGCCACCACUGCGUUCCUACUGGCACCCAAGGCAUUGGCAGGAAAUUGGAUCUUUAUCGCGUGGUCGGUCAGUUGGAUGAUCAUGUCGGUCGAGACCUUGGGCACGGCGGUUCUCAAACAGUACAAGGCACACAAAAAGUGGGCCGAAGCAUUGUACCGAACCGCAUUGGCGUUCUUGUAUGGCAGAGUCAUGCUGGUGGGGUACAACUAUCUAUCUCGGUACUGGGUGAAGGAAGAAGACUAUCUACGUCAUGCCCAAAAUGCCUACUCUUACUCCAUGAUUGGUACUGGGAUCUUCACCAUAUUGCUCACCGUCCAAUGCGCCUACGCAGCCAGACACAUUGAAAAGCAAAGUGUGGUGCAGCGAAGAUGGAGAAAGAUAAGAAGCGCUACCGCAUUCCUGGUGGCGGCCAAUAAGGAAACAAACAGCGACAAUGGCCAAGGAAGAUCAGGAGUCGUAGAGUAG